UGGCCCGAUACCAUGAUUAAUAAGAACAUGUCUGUGAAGCGAUUUGUAGCUGAAUACAUUUUAAACCAGAGCAGUCAUCAUGGCUAAAUCAUGUUUGGCUAACGUUAGCUUCGUGGCUGGUCAGUCAGGUUUUCUUUUGGCAAGCUGGAAAGCUAACUUGGCUAACGGCUAGUUAAUCGAUGUGACCAUCACUAAUGUUAGGCUUUGUCCAGGAAACGUUGGCGUACAAUUCGCUUCCUUGUUUUGAUUUAAUCGGAGGGCCCGCUUACAAAGGAUCGGUCAUCUUUAGGUCCUUCACCUUCUCCUUCCUGUGACAGAUGUUGAGGCCGGAGGUCAGUCUGUUCAACAACUGUUAGAGGUGACGGGGUGAGGACGGGGGAGGAGUGUCGGUUAGCUGUACCGGGGUUUUGUCUCAUGAGAGUGACUGUGCCAUCCAGGCACUGCCAGUGACCAGGGCUGUGGCUGUGGUGGGCCCGGCCCAGGAGGCCUUUUUCUACAUCUUUUCAGGCCCCUGCUGACCUGUGCUGCUCACACCAUGGAUCAACAGAGAGAUAAAUAUGGCGAGCGGCCUGCCAGGAGCACUAAAGUUGCCCAGGGAAGCCGCAGCGGCCACUCGUCCCGACCAUCUGGCUCCUCCAGCUCAUCUGGGGUUCUCAUGGUGGGGCCAAACUUUCGUGUGGGCAAAAAGAUCGGCUGUGGAAACUUUGGUGAAUUGAAGCUUGGUAAAAAUCUCUACACCAACGAGUAUGUAGCUAUUAAACUGGAACCAGUGAAGUCGAGGGCACCACAGUUGCAUUUAGAGUACCGGUUCUACAAAACACUGGGAACUACAGCUGAAGGUGUGCCCCAGGUGUUUUACUUUGGGCCCUGUGGGAAAUACAAUGCCAUGGUUCUGGAGCUGCUGGGCCCAAGUCUAGAGGACCUCUUUGACCUUUGUGAUAGGACAUUUUCACUGAAGACUGUCUUAAUGAUAGCUAUUCAGCUGAUUUCUCGAAUGGAGUAUGUGCACUCUAAAAACCUCAUCUAUAGAGAUGUAAAACCUGAAAACUUUCUCAUCGGACGGCAAGGAAAUAAAAAGGAACACAUCAUCCACAUCAUAGACUUUGGUCUGGCCAAAGAGUAUAUCGACCCUGAGACCAAAAAACACAUUCCAUACAGGGAGCAUAAAAGCUUGACUGGCACUGCCCGAUAUAUGUCCAUCAAUACACAUUUAGGCAAAGAGCAAAGCCGGCGAGAUGACCUGGAGGCCUUAGGCCACAUGUUCAUGUAUUUCCUUCGCGGGAGUCUACCGUGGCAAGGACUAAAGGCCGAUACGUUGAAAGAACGAUACCAGAAGAUUGGAGACACAAAACGAAACACUCCCAUCGAGGUCCUCUGUGAGAACUUUCCAGAGGAGAUGGCCACCUACCUGCGAUAUGUGAGACGGUUGGACUUCUUUGAAAAGCCAGACUAUGAAUAUCUGCGAACUCUGUUCACUGAACUGUUUGAGCGAAAAGGAUACACCUUUGACUACACUUACGACUGGGUUGGCAGGCAAAUACCCACACCAGUAGGUUCUGUCCAUAUAGACUCUGGAGCAUCUGCUGUGACGAGAGAGAGCCAUCCUCACAGAGACCGGCCCUCACAGCACCAACCAAUUCGAAAUCAGACAGCGGUCUCAGAUCGACGAGGAGCAUGGGAGGUGCAACCCACACGCCAAGCAAACUCCUCCUAUCUGACCUCCCACCUGGCAGCGGAUAGGCACGGGGGCUCAGUGCAGGUGGUCAGCUCAACCAACGGGGAGCUGAAUGCAGACGACCCACUGGCCGUCCAUUCCACGCAGCCCACUACAGCUCAGGCAGAGGUGGAAGUGGUCGACGAGGCCAACUGCGUGAAAAUGCUCAACCUGUGGUGCUGCUGUUUCUUCAAGCGAAAACGGAAGAAGAACACGCCAAGGCACAAAUGAUCAUCCACCACCGGCUUGAAACGCUCCAAGGUCCGGCUCAGUUGAUUGUGAUAUCAGAAGUCAAUAAGGUCUCAUUCCGAAUUAAAGAGGGAGACAACUGAAAUAUCUUGAUUGAAAUGCUCUCUGGAGGGACCCGUUAAAAUGGUUUGUAGAGAUGUACAAGACACUUGUGUCUUUUGAUGGGAGUCCCUUUUCAUGUUUUCUUCUUCUUUUUUUUACCUCCUCCAAGUUGGAAUGUUUUGCAGGCCAGUCGCCCAAAUGGAAAACUUUUUGUUGUAAUUCUGCAAAGGAUACAUGUUUUGUUUUUGUUUUCCCUACCUGAGACACCCAGCAUUAAUAUUUUUCUCUCCUUGUUUUUGACUUUUUUCUCCCGUUUCCCUUCUGUGGUAUUGCAAAGGAGAAGACAGAUCUUCCUGUGGAAUUUUGCCACCUUCAGCCUGUUGCAUACUAUGAUUUCUUUGUUUGACUCACAAAAUCAUGUUUUAAUUUCCCCUCUGUCAAGUCCCAGUUCAAAGUGGUUUGCCCGACACGAAGCCAUUUUGGUCAUUCCUGACAUGGGACUGAAUGUAAAUCUGAACACACGGGAAGCCAAGAGUGUAACUGCCUAUCUUCGGGCACAAAGAGCAUCAGUCUGCCAUUUGGCCCCUGCACUUUUUUCCUCCAAAGAGGUCAACCCUGGCACUGGGACCCGGGCCUGAGAGACCAGAAGACCAGAGACACCUCCUCCACUGUGUUCUCUCAGGAUGAUUUCUGCUCACGCUGCUUGGUUAAAGCACUCCCCUUAACCACGCCGCUGUUAAAACACACUACAUUCUCUUUUGACUCACAUGCAGUUUUGCUCAUGUUGGCUUUGUGAUAAUGAACAGCAACCUGACACUUGGGGCUGAAAAACUAUAUGCUAUUUAUGCUAUUUAUCUCUUGGUUGCCACCAGUUUUCUUACUAGUUCUAAAACAUACACACUGAAUGUAUGGACAGAAACGUAAAUGACUUUGGAGCAUUUAUAUAAUCUGUCAUGCGCAUGGGAAGGAAAUUGCAGUUAAGGAGUUAUGGCCAAUGUUUAAAAAAGAAAAAGAGAACAAAGUGAGACCCAAACACAGAUGAGAGGAAGGGAGGGUCUUACAUGUUCUUGAUCUUAAUAAUGUGAUGGUUAAUAAUGGUCUCUACACCAGUAGACACUGGGGAAUGUUGCUUUGCAGUGACUAGAGAAACUGGCGUGAUGUGCUUUGGAAAUUAAAUCACAGCCUCUCAACGCUACUGUCCAAUGCCUUAACCCCGACCAGUCGACCACCACAUCACAUCACCAGUUGGAUAAAGAAGUUGGCAGCAUGAUGGUUGUGAGGUUUGUAGUGCAAAUUUUGAGAUCACCUGUAUAAUAAAGCCCAAAAUUGAAAAAUGGACUGUUCCCCAGCUAGUAUCAGAGCAGUUAUUGAGUUCCACACUGAGGAUGUAUUCCCAAGAGGAGAGUAAUGCCAAAUUGAAGGUUUGGUGUAAUAAUCUGUAAAGGUGUUAAGAAGUCCCUGCCCCUGCCCCUGCGUGUCCAGUUUGAAGACCCCUGUGCUGCAAAGCAUUGUUUUAAUUUGGACAACUCUGCUAAACCCCCGGCCCCUCUCCUCAACGCCUAGAGAGAAAACCCAACGUUGGUGUGAGCGAGGGCGGAUAAGUGAACAUGUCCAUACCAUUUUUUUUUUCUUCUUUUUUUCUUUAGUGUCAUGGAGGACUGCCUUGAAACAAUAUCCUCGAAAUGUCACCUUGCCUAUCCUCCGAACAGAGAGUGAAUUAACGUACAUAGGUGUUUUAUUUUUUUAUUUUAUAUCUUGCUAAUGUGAAUUUUCUGAAUGCAUUUUUUUGUUUUUCCAUUCCAAAUAGCCAUGGUUUUAUGGGGAAAGAGGGUAACAAAAAACAAAAGACCAUGACUGCACUACAUUUGUUGACCCCGGCUUUCCCUGACAAGACCCUGCCUUCUUAAUACUGUACUUCAAACAUGCUUAUUACUUUAAUUGUAGCUGCCUCAUGUGCUAGGCCUUCCCUAUAGGGUGCAGGGAAUACACUUUAAAUUUAAUUUCUUUUUUUGUGCCAUGACACCCUCCUCCUUUGCUCUCUGCGUGCACACACACACACACACACACACACACACACACACACACACACACACACACACACACACACACACACACACACACACACACACACACACACACACACACACACACACACACACACACUCACACACACUCACACUCAUCACAGAUGAAUCAACUCUCGGCAGAGUGUUAUAUUUGGUGUUUUGUGGAGCUGCUCCAUCAUCUUUAGAAAUACAAUGUUGUAGACUUUCUCAAUGAAUCCAUAUGUAAACCUGCUUGUGGCGUGUAUUUACACUGUAUAGCUUUUGGUUUAUUCUCACCCCUGACAUGUCGGUUACUCCGGGGUCUAAGUUAUUGUGUUAUUGAAAGUACUUGAAUAUGAAAAUCUACGGGACCUUUUUAGUUUGUUUUUAUGUUCUUGGUCAUUAUCACAGUAAUUCCACAAAGGAUUUGAGGGGAAUGGUGGGAAAACAGGCUAUUUGAAUGACAGGUAUUCAUUUCCUUGAGAUGUCUUAGUGCCUCUUGAGUGUGUUUGACAGGAGUGAGACUCACCUGGGGAGUCCUGUGCUAGCAGGUGUAAAUGCUCGCAUGAGGGUUGAGUUGAUGUUUUCACCCAGAGGAGCUGCCGUUUAGAUGUUGGUGUGCAGGUAAAAAUCACUUUUCAGUCUCUGUGAAGCAUUCACCGCAAUGUAUCUGUUGUCGAUGAAACCCUUCAUUAACAUCUGCUGCCUGUGAUUUCCCCCCCCCCCCAAAAAAAAGCAUUAGCGACGCCCCGGCUGUUUCAUUUCAGCUACCUGAGAAAUGUUGAAAGUAUUUCUGGGUAAUGCGAUGGAUAUCCAGACUAUAUAGCCUUCAACGUUCUCCCUGAAUUCCCCGAGUGCCAUUCCUGAAACUACUGCUAGCCCAUGCCUUUUAACUGUGCCAGGAAAAUAUGAAGUUGAAUGUUUUUUUUGACCAUCGCAUUCCACCUUGUGUCCUUGACGUUACCACUGUCAUUUUGAAAAAUUGCCGCGCAACGUGGCUCAAUUCAGUACCAGGAAGUGUUGUUUGAGUUGGUAAAGAUUGUCAGGAAAAAUGUUUUAUGUGUCGCUUCUGUUGGUUUCUUUCCGUUAAUGUUGAAACCAACACCAUUUUAUCGACAGAGUUUAUGAUUUCAGAGUUGGAUCUUUGCAAACUGCUUCUUCCUUAAACUGGGACGCCUAACUCUUUAGCUCCCGACUCAAAUGGUAGAUAUAGAUAUAUUGCUCUAAUGUAUUUACUUUUGACUAUCUGGGCCUCAUACAGAGCGAUAUAGGAGUACUCUGUAUGAUUUGUAUCUGCAUGGCUUAUCUGGAGACGACAGUGAGGGAUCUCUCUCUCUCUCUCCAGGGAAUUUCUCCCCUGUAGAGCUCAUAUACUGUUGGGUCAGUGAGACGUUAUGGCUUCCAGUCAUCAUGUAAAACAAAAAACUUUUUCAUGUCUUCUCACAGCACAUUCCAUUUCAGUUCCCAUUAGUUCUGAUAUACUUCACUUCAGUCAGACUUGUGUUUUAUGCGUGUAAGUCACGUUCCUGUGUGUAAAAGCUGUGUAAAUCAAAGCAAAGGACAGUUAAAGUGUGAAUGAAUGGCUUCGGUCUUUAUGGGUUCUCUGGCACUUUUUCCUUGUUGCUGUACUGUAGAAUUGUCUUGGAUUUACUGUAAAUUUUUCUUUGAGGGAGAGGUUUUAGGGUGGCAUUUACUGCAAUAUCGUGAUGAUUAUUUGAAAAUUGUAAAUUGUACAGAGUUCACAAUUACACUCUUUCUUCUUUCUGUUGGGAUAUAAAAUAUGUAUUCUUUGAUUUUUGUUUUCUUAGACUGUGGAAAAUCCAAUUGUACAGAGUAAAGAGUUUAUCCUCCCCUCGGCAUUGAUUUUUUUUUUUUUGUCUUUUUCAGAGCUAUUAUUAAGAGAAAGCUUAAAACUGUAAAUAAACAUUGUGUUGAAAUAUGAAUGUCACCUCAAAAAUGUAUUUGAAUGAGUUAGUCAAGGGCUUCAAGAAUGAAGGACCCAAAUUUCUUAUGGUUUCAUAUUUUUAAUUUACAGAAAGAUAAAGGUCCUUUUUAUCUGAGAUACCUAUUUUUUUUCUCCUUGGAUUCAUACAAUACCAUGUGUCACAUGAACCUUAUAAAAUCACUUUUUAUUCCCUCCACACCUAAAGGGAAACUCCAGUUUGCACCCUUUUUUAUGUACAAUAAAUGAUCGCUCCACCUUG